AUGCAAACCUGCUUCGCCGAGUCGAGUGUCUUGCACGCUAUCGUCGCCCUGGCAGCCGCGCAUAGAUCCCGCUUCUCCCCUUGGGAAAAGGAAAUAGCGGCCAGCGCCAAGUCUUAUGAGUCUUUCUCUUUGACGCAGUACAACAAGGCGAUUAAGAGUCUGACUGCGCAUGUGGCUGUUACGAACGUUGAGUCGAUUCGUAUUGCCGUCAUAACCAGCAUCGUGUUUGUCUGUCUUGAAAUGCUGCGAGGGGAGUACACUUCAAUGAAUAUGCACUUCCAACACGGCAUCAACCUCCUCAAUCUCUUGCAAUCGAAUAAUAGAAGCUCCAGACAGGUGCGGCAUAUAUUUGUACAGCAGACCCCUCAAUCAACCGAUGAACAUAUGAUCCAUGCAUUUGCUCGUUUGCAGCUACAAUUCAUGAUGCUAGGCUCGGGUCUAUUCGAUGAUGAUGCGCUGUUCACGCCUGCCUUUGUCUAUGGACACCAACAAAUUUCUAUUCCCCGAGUCUUCUCAACAGUUCAAGAGGCAAGCCGGUCCUUCGACCAGAUCCUCAACCGCGUUAUUCGGCUCGUCUUGAAGUGUGCUGCAGAUCAGAUGAGCAGCGAUGUCUACCCUCCGCCGCCGUCUCUGGCUUUGCUCAAAGAACAGGAAUCCCUCCAGUCCACACUCGAGGACUGGAUCGCAGCAUUUGACAGCUCCAUUUCACUACUAAUAUCACUGACGAACCACCAUGGGGAGCUUGGCCUCCGCGUGCUCCGGGUUCACUGGACCAUGGCCACAAUACUGUUGUCGACAUGUUUCGCGACCAAGCAAACAGCGUUCGAUUCCCAUACUUCGGCCUUUGAGUCCAUUAUCGACCAGGUUGAGGAGCUAGGAGCCAUAGUUGCCAAUACUCCUCGGUAUAUCGCGCCAACAAAGGAGAAUAACUACGUAUCGAGCUUUUGUCAGAUAGGCGCUAGCUUCAGCAUUGAUCUCGGCUGUUACCCUCCGCUGUACUAUACGGCCUUGAAGUGUCGCGUUCCUCACAUUCGUCGACGCGCCAUCUCCAUUCUAAAGCUGUGUAGACAUACCGAAGGUGUUUGGACAGGUCCAUUGCUGGCACGCCUUGCUACGUGUGUUGUGGAUGCUGAGGAGCGGGAUUUCUCGGCUGUCUUACAUUCUCAGGACAUUGAUGGAGACGAAGGCAGAGCCAAUGGAGCUAUGUCAUUCAUCCUCCCUGAAUAUUCUAGAUUCUACUGUAUACGCUGCUUGCUACCAAAAGAGAGCCGUGGUUGGUACGGAUCAAGUGGCAUGAACGCUGAUGCCAAACCCAGCAAACGGACGGUGGGCACACUGAUCUGUUAUCGCUUUCGUCAUGAAUUGGGCAAUAGCGGGGGAUGGGAAGUCGAGUCGUACGAUAUUGACUUCAACGCGUGA